CCCAGCAGGACUCAGAGGGGAGAGUUGGAGGAAAAAAAAAGGCAGAAAAGGGAAAGAAAGAGGAAGAGAGAGAGAGAGUGAGAGGAGCCGCUGAGCCCACCCCGAUGGCCGCGGACGAAGUUGCCGGAGGGGCGCGCAAAGCCACGAAGAGCAAACUUUUUGAGUUUCUGGUCCAUGGGGUGCGCCCCGGGAUGCCGUCUGGAGCCCGGAUGCCCCACCAGGGGGCGCCCAUGGGCCCCCCGGGCUCCCCGUACAUGGGCAGCCCCGCCGUGCGACCCGGCCUGGCCCCCGCGGGCAUGGAGCCCGCCCGCAAGCGAGCAGCGCCCCCGCCCGGCCAGAGCCAGGCCCAGAGCCAGGGCCAGCCGGUGCCCACCGCCCCCGCGCGGAGCCGCAGGUUCUGGAGGGAGAAGCAGUUUUUAUCUCUACACGUCGAGGCAGCUAUUGCUGGGUACAGAAUUCUGGGGAGAGGUCCGAUUCUCACAAAAUCCCAGAAUCUGGCCAGCUCCCCUCCACGUCUGUGUACCUUGGGGUCACAUGACACACACACAUUCCACCUGCGAGACUGGCUGAGCCCCUGGUUCCCUGCCUUGCUCCUCCUCGUCCAGAUCCGGGAGCUGGUCCCCGAAUCCCAGGCUUACAUGGACCUCCUGGCGUUUGAGAGGAAACUGGAUCAAACCAUCAUGCGGAAGCGGGUGGACAUCCAGGAGGCUCUGAAGAGGCCAAUGAAGCAAAAGCGGAAGCUGCGUCUUUAUAUCUCCAAUACCUUUAACCCUGCAAAGCCGGACGCCGAGGAUUCUGAUGGCAGCAUCGCUUCCUGGGAGCUGCGGGUGGAGGGGAAGCUCCUGGAUGACCCCAGCAAGCAGAAGCGAAAGUUCUCUUCCUUCUUCAAGAGUUUGGUUAUUGAGCUGGACAAAGACCUCUAUGGCCCUGACAACCACCUAGUUGAGUGGCACCGGACGCCUACCACCCAGGAGACGGAUGGGUUCCAGGUGAAGAGGCCGGGGGACCUGAGUGUGCGUUGCACGCUGCUCCUCAUGCUGGACUACCAGCCUCCCCAGUUCAAACUGGACCCCCGCCUGGCCCGGCUGCUGGGGCUGCACACACAGAGCCGCUCCGCCAUCGUCCAGGCCCUGUGGCAGUAUGUCAAGACCAACCGGCUGCAGGACUCGCAUGACAAGGAAUACAUCAACGGGGACAAGUAUUUCCAGCAGAUUUUUGAUUGUCCCCGACUGAAGUUUUCUGAGAUUCCUCAGCGCCUCACAGCUCUGCUGUUGCCCCCUGACCCUAUUGUCAUCAACCACGUGAUCAGCGUGGACCCUUCGGACCAGAAGAAGACGGCGUGCUAUGACAUUGAUGUGGAGGUGGAGGAGCCGCUGAAGGGGCAGAUGAGCAGCUUCCUCCUGUCCACAGCCAACCAGCAGGAGAUCAGCGCUCUGGACAGUAAGAUCCAUGAGACGAUUGAGUCCAUAAACCAGCUCAAGAUCCAGAGGGACUUCAUGCUAAGCUUCUCCAGAGACCCCAAAGGCUACAUCCAAGACCUGCUCCGCUCCCAGAGCCGGGACCUCAAGGUGAUGACAGAUGUGGCAGGUAACCCCGAGGAGGAGCGCCGGGCUGAGUUCUACCACCAGCCCUGGUCCCAGGAAGCUGUCAGCCGCUACUUCUACUGCAAGAUCCAGCAGCGCAGGCAGGAGCUGGAGCAGUCGCUGGUGGUGCGUAACACCUAGGAGCCCCGGGAAGGCGCACAGUGGGCCCGCGCCUGUCCCCCAAGGCCUUGCCAUCGCCCCUCUGCCACCUGCCUGCCUUCGGGUGAGGCAGGGAACUGGAUUAAAGGUCAUUCAUCUGACA